UGGGAAGUAAAUCGAAAAAUCCUCCCAAAGAGGAGUCCAGGUUUUCCCGAAAUUAAACUUCCUUUCGACGAGUUUCGUAUCCAAUAGGAAAAUGUAUCCCUGGAGAAUUCUUCUAUUGGACACUGGCGUGCAUUGCGAAACAAAAGUGUCGCAACCUUUAGUCUGCCGAGAGUGUGUUUCGCCCCUGCUAAAUACGUCUCUGGCGGCGCGACGGUCGCGCACGCGCGGAAACUGGGAAUUUUCUCGCUGUGCGAGCAGUAGAGCGGCAGUGCGAGAUUCAAGUGAGACGAGUAACGUAAAUGUGAAAAUGGCGUCUUCUCAGGACGCUUGGUACCUCUCGUUGUUGGGUUUGGCUGAGAAUUUCCGCACGUCCAGCCCGCCCAACAUCAAAUCGUGCAUCCAGUGUUUACAGGCGGUUUUCAACUUUAAGCCGCCACCACGUGUCGAGGCGCGCACUCACCUUCAGCUCGGCAAUAUCCUGCUCACGCACACGAAAAACAUCGAUUUGGCGCGAUCCCACUUAGAACAAGCGUGGCGACUAAGUCAAAACAUAAAUACCUUCGAUGAUGUGAAAUUCGAAGCUGCCAGUAUAGCCGCGGAAUUGUACGAGCAACAGCAGCUGCCGAAUCUAAGUAAACCAAUAUUGAGGAAAGCGAUAGAGCUGUCCCAGCACAAUGUCUACUGGCAUUGCAGACUUAUCUUUCAACUCGCGCAAAUUCACGCAUCGGAGAAAGACUUUGUCGCAGCGAGCAGCCUGCUCGGAGUGGGUGCCGAUUACUCCCAGAUAAGCAAUGCUAGUUAUACCAAGAUCCUCUUUCUCCUAAGUAAGUGUAUGCUCUUGCUGAUAGAUAAGAAGUUCUCGGAGGUUCAUAAUCUUCUGAAUUUGGCGAGCCAUAAUGUGGAGAACUGGCAAGGUAGUCUGCAUCAGAAAGAAUACCUGAAAGUAUACUUUUUAGUUCUUCAAGUUUGUCAUUAUCUCAUGGCUGGUCAGGUGAAGAGCGUGAAGCCCUGUUUGAAACAAUUGCAACAAAGUAUACAGACCAUAAUGUCCCCUAGUUGGCCGUCUGAUGAUGUUAUCGCAGGUGCCAACAUAGCAGAUAUGUUUAUAUGGAUGCCAAAAGAUCAUCUCUAUGUGUUGGUUUACUUGGUUACCGUUAUGCAUUCUAUGCAAGCUGGAUACAUGGACAAGGCGCAAAAGUACACAGACAAGGCUCUCACCCAGAUCGAGAAGUUGAAAAUUGUCGAUAACAAGCCCAUAUUGUCCGUGUUUCAACUGAUGCUCCUGGAACACAUAGUUAUGUGUCGACUCGUAAUGGGAAACAAAAGUGUGGCUCUUGCGGAGAUUUCCCAGGCCUGUCAGCUCUGCAGGCGACAGCCGAGAUUACUUCAGGGCCAUAGGCCUCAAUUACACGCGUUGCUAGGUUUAUACGCAAUGUCGAUGAAUUGUAUGGAAGCUGCGGAGGCUCAAUUUACCGCUGCACUCAGAACGUCGCACGAAAGGGAUCUCUGGACUUUCGCGAACUUGAAUCUGGCGAUCGUAUACCUCAGGACGAAAAGGGAGGCCGAAUUGGGGACAUUAUUAGAAAGGAUAAAUCCAGAAACCCUACCGUCGAAUUCUCAUUCUUUGAGGGCGGCUGCGUAUUACGUACAAGGACUCCAAGCCUUCUUCGGAGCUAGAUAUAACGAAGCGAAACGAUACCUUAGAGAAACAUUGAAGAUGGCAAAUUCGGAAGACCUGAACAGACUCACUUCGUGCAGUCUCGUGCUUCUUGGACACAUAUUCCUUUCGUUGGGGAACAGCAGGGAAUCGAUGAACAUGGUCACACCCGCGAUGCAGUUAGCUUCUAAAAUACCCGAUGUGCAUGUGCAAUUGUGGGCUACGGCCAUUCUUAAAGAUUUAUACGGACUCGUCGGUGACACAAAUCGCGAAAACGAGGCGUAUCAAAUGCAUUGUACAUUCUCUCAGACUCUCUUAAAGGACCACUUUCAGAGUACCCAAAUGAGCGCGCACUCGCUCAUUCAAUGGACGGAAGGUCCGGUACCUGCGUUACCAAGUAAUCCACCGCCAUCCACGUCGCAAGCGAUUCUCUAAUAAAAGUAAAAUGAUAUUUAA